AUGACACCGGCAUCCCCUUUUGCCGCUACCACAGCUGCGAGCAAGGCAACAAACAAAUUUUGGUACGAAGACGCCGCUUUACCACCGACGUUCCAGACGUGGUUCCAAAUCACACAACUUCAUAUCUGGAUGAUGAUGGUGCGCUUUAGAUCACUCGAUAAGUCACUCGGUCGCCACUAUCAGCAGCAAAUCACAAACCACUUCUUCAAUGACGCAGAAGCCAGGUUGCGUGUCGUUUAUCAGAUCCGCGACGGCCGUAUCAUUCAAACAUACAUGAAGGAUCUAUUACUACAGUGGCGUGGUUCUAUCGUUGCAUACGAUGAAGCACUCUGCAGUACAGACGCAGUUCUCGCCGCUGCACUUUGGCGCAACAUGUACGGUGCAAAGCCUGACUUCCCGCUUGCAAGUCUAGCGAGCAUGUCGGCACACGUCCGGGAACAACUCGUCAAGCUUGACAAGGCACCGGACGAGCAAGUCCUGACCGGCAAAUUUGUGUUUGAUGCACCAAAGCUGCUUGCUUGA